GGCUCCCGCGGGAAGGAGAGGACGGCAGCGCGCGCUCGCGCGUGCGUGAGCCGGCGCGCGAGAAAGGGCCCGGUUGCGCCGAGGCUCGAGCGGCCGUCGCCAUUUUGUAGGGUUCUCUCUGACGCGGGAGCCGCAGCCACCGCCACCGCCGCCGCCGCCACCCGGAGGCUGCUGUCAGGAUGGUGAAGCUGUUCAUCGGAAACCUGCCCCGGGAGGCCACAGAGCAGGAGAUCCGCUUGCUCUUUGAGCAGUACGGGAAGGUGCUGGAAUGUGACAUCAUUAAGAACUACGGUUUUGUGCACAUAGAGGACAAGACGGCGGCGGAAGAUGCCAUCCGCAACCUGCAUCACUACAAGCUGCACGGGGUGAACAUCAACGUGGAGGCCAGCAAGAAUAAGAGCAAAGCUUCCACCAAACUCCACGUGGGCAACAUCAGCCCCACUUGCACCAACCAGGAGCUUCGGGCCAAGUUUGAGGAGUAUGGUCCUGUCAUCGAGUGUGACAUCGUGAAGGAUUAUGCCUUUGUGCACAUGGAGCGGGCGGAGGAUGCGGUGGAGGCCAUCAGGGGCCUUGACAACACCGAGUUUCAAGGCAAAAGAAUGCAUGUACAGUUGUCCACCAGCCGGCUCCGGACUGCCCCCGGGAUGGGAGACCAGAGCGGCUGCUACCGGUGUGGGAAAGAGGGGCACUGGUCCAAAGAGUGUCCAGUAGACCGCACGGGCCGGGUGGCAGACUUCACUGAGCAGUAUAAUGAACAGUACGGAGCAGUGCGCACACCUUACACCAUGGGCUACGGGGAAUCCGUGUAUUACAACGAUGCGUACGGAGCACUCGACUACUAUAAGCGUUAUCGAGUCCGCUCUUAUGAGGCGGUGGCGGCGGCGGCAGCAGCCUCCGCAUACAACUAUGCAGAGCAAACCAUGUCCCAUCUGCCUCAAGUCCAGAACCCAGCUGUGACCAGUCACCUCAAUUCCACUUCUGUUGAUACCUAUGACAGACACCUGUUGCCGACCUCAGGCGCUGCUGCCACCUCAGCUGCCAUGGCUGCUGCUGCUGCCACCACUUCUUCUUAUUAUGGAAGGGACAGGAGCCCCCUGCGCCGUACUGCAGCUGUGCUCCCCACAGUUGGAGAGGGCUACGGCUAUGGGCCAGAGAGUGAGCUGUCUCAGGCGUCAGCAGCUGCACGGAAUUCUCUGUAUGACAUGGUUCGGUAUGAACGGGAGCAGUAUGUGGACCGAGCUCGGUACUCAGCCUUUUAAAAACUGGAGGUAGGAUAAUUGCGGACUGAACCCUCGGGCUGCGGUCAUAUAUGAGAGCUUGCUCCGCGCGGUCCCCUUUGCCGGGAUGUUUCCAUUGCUUCAUGUUUCAGUAAACAAAGGAGUUUGUGACCAACUAUGUUUUCUUCCUUAAUUUAAUUCUUGAGUUGACUUUUCUUUCUUCCUGAUACUAGUCUCUACUGUAGCCUUUCACUCUGUUCCUUACAGUCUCAGCCUCUGAGCAGCCCUAGGUAAGGAUUACACUGCCUGCUCCCCGCCCCCCUUUUCCUGUCUGGUGGAGCCCCUCUACCUUGCUUUCUUAGGAGUUGAGCCAUCCUCCUUGUCCUCCCCCUUUAGAAUGACCAUGUAGUGGCAAGUAGCCUGUCGCUGCUCUGUUAGCUGUGGACUCUUUAACACUGAAGCUAAUCUUCAGAAGUUGCUAGGACCAUUGGGAGCCUGGGUGGGAUAUUUGGUGGUGGUGGUUUGUUUUGUGUGUCUGACCUGUGAUCGUGGUGCAGCAUUUGCUGAAAUUCAGCCUUGUUUUAAUUCCACUUCGUUUUUGUUUUUUCUUUUUUUUUUUAAUUUUUGACAAAUAAACCUUUUUGACACUUA